AUGGAUUUAUGCGAGCACAAGUCGGUCAUAACACGUCGGGGCUUUACUUUCUCCUAUUAUGUUUCCAAACCCAACAACGCCGGGCCAACUUUGCUGCUUCAGCAUGGUUUCCCCGAUGAUGCUCGUCUCUGGGACGGAAUAGUAAAGCAUUUGUCGCUAUACCAUCUCAUUAUUCCCGACCUUCUCGGGUACUCGGACACUUCCAAGCCCACAGACCCAACUGCGUACAAUUACGUCGACCAUACCGGCGACAUAGUGGAGAUCCUCGAUGCAGAGAACGUCAAUAAAGUCGUAUCAGUCGGACACGAUUUUGGCGCAAUCAUCGCGCAGAGGCUCUACAUUCAUCACCCACACAGGGUUGAAGGACUAAUCUUGCUGAGCCUCGGUUAUGUACUGCCGUCUGCCAGCCCGCCAAACUUGGAGAAGGCCAAUGCACAGUUUGAGGCAGCUUUCGGAUACCUUGCGUUUGCAUACCACGAGUUUCUCCUCUCCGAUGAUGCACCAGCACUCCUCAGAGCAAAUGUAGACCGCUUUUACUACGCCAUGCAUGGUGCACCUCGCGACUGGAUGAAGCAAAUAUGGUGCACGAGAGGGGCAAUGACCAAGUGGUUGCGUGAUCGAGACUGGCAGGUCGAGCUCCGCAGCUACGCCCAAGACCCAGCACUCCGACGGACUUUUGAGGAGCGAUUCCAGCGGGACGGCUUUGAAGGUCCGCUAUGCUACUACAAAGCGAUGUAUUCCAGCAUGCAGUAUGAUACCACCAAGGAUCUCGACAAGGAUAGGUUUGUCGUUCGGGUGCCCACUUGCCACGUUACUUGCACCCAGGAUCCUAUUUGUAGGCCAGAGCUCUCAAUAGCAGCCAAAAAUGGUGGUUUCUUGCCGGACUUGGAGGAACACACCGUUGAUAGUGGCCACUGGAUCCCACUGGAGAAACCUGAAGGGGUAGCUAAGUUGAUGGACUCAUUUUUGCAGAGAAGGUUUCUGGCCUGA